GCUGACGACGGAGAGUCAGAACAUGAGGCAGGAGCUUCAGAACAGGGACGUGCAGAUCGCAGAGAUGAGAGGACAACUGCAGGGUCAGCAGCAGGCUCAGCAGCAGGCUCAGCAGCAGCGGGUAGCCCCGCGCGGCGAGAUGAUGGAUCCGAAGAUCCUUCACAAGGUGAAGCCGUUCGACGGCCAAAGGUCAAGCUGGAAGACGUUCAGCUUCCAGUACAGAGCGUACCUGAUCGCCCAGGAUCGGAGGUACCGAGAUCUUCUGGAAAGGUGCGAGGACGGAGCCCAGGAGGUGGACAACGUCAACCUGGACCCGCAGGAGGAAGAACUCAGCACGCAGUUGUACUACGGCCUGGUCCUGGCCAUGCCCGAGGACUCGGUGGGCGAGCUGAUCGUGAGGAACAGCCCAGUAGGAGAAGGAGCCGAGUGUUGGAGGAAGCUUCAGAAGGAGUACAACCCGAGCGAGGCAGGCAACGUGCUGGCGAUGUGGACCAAGCUCACGGACACGAAGUUCGACACCAAGGAAGACGUGAUGGUGAGCAUCAGCAAGCUGGACGAGGACAUGGCGAGGUACCAGAAGAUGGCAGGAGAGCCCGUCUCGGACCUGAUCAAGCGCGGCAUCCUCACAAAGGCGCUGAAGGAUCACGACGAGCUCCAGAAGCACGUGUUUCGGAACAGCAGUCGGUUAAGUACGUACGAGCUUCUGAGAGCCGAGGUGGUGUCGGCGUUGGCGGCAGAGCGAGCGGUUCAGGACGACCCGAUGGAGAUCGGAGCGCUGAAGGGCGGAAAGAGACCGUGGAAAGGCCGCGGCAAAGGGAAAGACGGAAAAGGCAAGGAGAAGCCACCGAAUCCCGACGCCGAGAUCGAGUGCCACUACUGCCACAAGAAGGGUCACCGCAGCGCAAACUGCCGAAAGCGGAUCGCCGACGAGAAGAAGACACCCGAGAAGGACAAGAAGGACAAGAAGCAGUUCCGAAAAGAAAAGGCAAAAGAAAAGAAGAAGAUCGGGGCAGCGGCAGUCAGGGAGCUCGAAAGGUUACGACAGACAGGAGUGGGCACAGGUCACAAGAAGCGCAGCCACACGAUCGACUGGAAGUACUGCUUGCCUAGCUACUACCAAUAUGUGUGCUGCUCUUGCAAGAAGACCUUUGAAGGACGGCGAUGGCACUACGAUCAGUGGAAGCUGGACUACUGUGCCGUGUGUGCCGAGUACUGCCUGGACGGCCUCAAGGACGGGGAAGAGACAGACGACGACAAGAAGCCAAAGAAGCGCAAGAAAGGUGCGCAGAUCAGUGCGAUACCGAGGUCACAGGUGACCAAGCACAACUACACGCCGACGGACAGCAACGUUGUCGGCUUGAAGGGCAUAGGAGGCGAGGAGAUCGAGAGGUACGGCCACGUGGUCACUGGAUCAUCAACGGUACCAUCGAGCCACCUGAUGGAGCUGAGUUCGUACCUCUACGUCGUCACCAAGGAACCAGCUGAUGAGAACAAGAUCCCGAAGGUGGUGUUCGACAUCUUUUACGUAGGGACGGACCAGCUGGCUGCGAAGUACAAGCUUAAAGGAGGUUACUUCAGCAUCAGGGAGAAGACGUCGGUCACGAAGGCUGAGUUAGACCAAGCGGUCUCUGUCUUGAAUGUUAUCGACUGUAAGAUCUUGGCUCAGGCGACGUUGUACGCGAACAAGGAGACGGAUGACUACAAGGUGUCCUUCCUGCUAGGCGUGCUGGAAGCUUGGGGUCACACAACAGUCAUACUUCAGACAGACCAGGAGCCUGCCACCAUGGCUCUGGCGCAGGCAGUUCGAGAUCGCAGAUCACACUCAACCUUGGUGCGGGGAUCACCGCCCUUUUCCAAGCAGAGUGCAGGCUACGCUGAAGGAGGUAACAAGCUAGCUGCUGGUCUACUUCGAGCCUACAAGCUGAAGCUGGAGCACAAGCUGGGCAGCGAGAUCAAGAUGACGGAUCCGAUCGUGCCAUGGCUUGUGAACUCAGUGGGGUGGAUGAUCACCAGAUUCCAGCCUCGCAGUCACGGAGGUUCCUCCUACAAGAUGCUCUACGGCAAAGAGUACAACGGCGAGAUUGCGGAGAUGGGUGAGCAGGUCUGGUAUCGGAUCUCAGCCCGAGUUGCCGCGGGACGUGGCAAAUGGGAAGCCCGCUUCGCAAAAGGAAUCUGGGUUGGUAAGAGCGAGCUGGACGACACACAUCUCGUGAUCGAUCCUGAACGUGGAGUGCAGAAGGUGAGAACGGUGCGAAGGAUGCCUGAGGAGUUCAGGUGGCAGCCCGAGCUCAUCCAGCACAUCAGGGUGACGCCCUGGAAGCAGACGCCCGACAAGAGUUCAGGAACGAUCGGACGCAGCAUGUACAUCACGGAGCGCAUGAUCGAUGCUCAUGGUCCUACCGACGAUUGCAGGAAGUGCAGUACAGGAUACGGUUCGCAUUCGGCAGCCUGCCGACAGCGUUUCGAGACCAUUCAGGCCGACUUGCUGCGCGAGAAGUUGGCGAAGGACCCUGUGGCCCCUGAGGCUACAGUCGUGGUGCCAGCGCCGGCUGCGGGAAGCCCCGCGCCUGGAGCGACUUUCGGCGAAGCGCCCCAGGUGAAGUUCAUGAAGGAGCUGAGGAGCCACUUCGGAGAUCCUGAGGAGCAGCAGGUGGAGCAGAUGGUUGAGGUGAGCGCCGAGCUGCAUGAGAAAGACCAGUGGAGCCCAAAGACGAUACACUACGAUUACUACACUGGAGAGCCUCUGGAUGAGGACCUGUAUCAGAAGGGUCGCGACGACGAGCUGCAGGCCAUGAAGGACUAUGGGGUCUACGUGGAAGUGGCGACAUCGACGGCGACCGACGGCAAGCACAUUGGAGGGUUCCCGAUAGCCCACAUGAAAGAAGGAAAGGUCAGGUGGAGGUUCGUAGCAACCGAGGUGAACAAGUACGAGGUCAGGGAGGACAACCACCAAGGCACGCCCCCGCUCAUGAUCGUCAGAGCGACGCUGAGCCGUGCCGCUUCAAGUCCAACUUCCAGCGGGCAGCACCUGCGGAAGAUACAAGUCUGGGACGUCAGGAAGGCUUUCUUCAACGCUGACUUAGACGAGACGAUCUACGUGCAUCCUGGGAGAGAGCUGUGUCCGCCUGGAAGGUGCUGGUGGUUACGCAAGGCCAUGAACGGUACCAGGAAGGCGUCGCAGAUGUGGGGUGAGCUUGUGAGAACUACUAUGGACGACGGCCAUUGGGAAUGCUUGGUUGGAACUCCUAACGUGUUCUACUUACCUGCUAGCCCCAACACAGCCCCCUUCGACGAGGAUAGCACAGCGAUCUGCCAUGGCGAUGACUUUCUUGCUGAGGGCUACGACGAGCAGCUGGACGAGCUGGACGAGUUGUUGAAGCAGCAGUUUGAGGUCACGGCCAGCGCCAGACUUGGACCAGGAGCGGUGGGGCAGACUACAUACCUCAAGAGGACGAUCGGCUACACCGACAAGUUGCCAGGUUGCGAGGAGCCAGGUUUCUUCUGGACUGCCGAUCCUAAGCAUGUGGACUUCAUGAUCAAGUGGACGCAGAAGCGAGGACUUCAGUGUAAGACGUACCUGAUCGAGACCCAGAGGCCCUGCAACCUGAAGAUCUAUAGUGACAGCACAGCUGGACGUGGCAUGUGCAGUCGAGUUGGGGUGGGCAAGGUCAGGCACCUGGAGUUGAGGUACUUGUGGAUUCAGGAGCGGUUGCGUCUCAAGGCGUUCGAGCUGCACAAGGAGGACACCAGCAAGAUGACAGCCGACAUGCUCACGAAGUACAGCGAGUGGCCGACAAUCGAGAAGCAUUGCACCACUCUCAACCUCAGGUUCGGAAAGCAGUUGAAGGGCUUGAGCGCAAUGGCAGUUUUCACGGAGGUCGUGACGAAGGCGUCAGGCGAGAAGGUGACAGUGUACGGAGGUUCUGACGAGGUUGCGGUUUGCCCCGCGCCUGUCAGCCACUACGUGGACAGCGAGGAGUUCUGGUUCUUCCUGAAGUUGGGACUAGUUGUGGUGACUGCAGCCAGUGCUUUCUUACUGGGGUGCUGGUGUGGUUGUUACUUCAAGGACUUCUACGACAAGUUCCUCCUCCAGGGUGCGGUUGACCCCGCCUCUGGAAGCACGUGUAUACCAUCUGCGCGGGCUGAGGCCGAGUUCAAGACCGUGUGUGUACAGCAGGACAAAGGAGCAAGGCACAAGCUCUUAAGCACGUUUCUUGUAGCUGAGCUGCGAGCUGUCUUGAAGGCCAAGAGCCUGGCCGUGUCAGGGAUCAAGGAGGACCUGGUCACGAGGAUGAUCAAGCACGGAUGCGUUCUGUCGGAUCGCCAGGCCAAGGAGAUCGAGCAGCUGCGAGUGAUGGCUACAGCGCGAGGACCUCUUACCAAGCUCAGCUUGCAGGACAUCAGCAGUCCAGAGGCCGCGCAGAAGUGGAUCGAGACGUUCAAGAGCGAGUGCGGAGACCGUUCCAGAGGCUCUCAGGUGAUCCACGGAGAGGGCUAG